AAAAGACCUUAUCCACCAUCUGAAGAUGUAUGCUAUCACAAACCACUUUCAAUACAGAACUAAGACCUCGAAGAAAAUAUGUUUGCAUGUUAAAUGCUUAGAUCCUGAAUGUCGUUGGACUGUUCGAGCUGUAAAACUACACGGUGUAGCAAUGUUUCAAAUCAGAAGAUUCCGUCCAGAACACACAUGCUCUAUUGAUUACAGACAAGGGAAACAUAGACAGGCAACUGCUAGUGUAAUAGCAAAUCUUAUUGCACACAAAUACCUUGACGCUUCCAGUAAAUCAUACCCACCAAAGCAAAUUCGUGAAGAUAUGCUUAUGCAGUAUGGAAUUUCCAUGUCAUACAACAAAGCUUGGAAAGCACAGAAGAAAGCAAUGCAGCUGGAAUUUGGUUCUGAUCUUGAAUCCUAUUAGGUUUUGCCUUCUAUGGCUCAUGUGCUAGACAAGGCGAAUCCUGACUCUGUGUUUGAUCUAGUCACAGGGCAGGAUGAUGCAUUUUGUACAUUUUUUAUGUCAUUUAGUGCAUGGAUAAAUGCUUGGCCCUACUGCAGACCUGUUCUUAUAUUGGAUGGUUCUUUCCUGAAGGCUUACUAUAAAGGCACUCUUCUGACAGCUUGUUGCCAAGAUGCCAAUGAUCACAUCGUUCCUAUUGCAUUUGGAAUUUGUGCUUCUGAAACGAAAUCAUCCUGGAAAUGGUUUUUAUCCAAAGUCUGUCAGUCCAUAAAGUACAGACAUGACUUGUAUGUAGUAUCUGAUAGGCAUAAAGGACUUAUAAAGGCUGUUUCUGAAAUCUUGCCACAUGCUAGCCACGGUUUUUGUGUUGCUCAUCUGCGACGUAACAUGAUACCUAAAUUCAAAGGUUCUGCAGCUGGAUUGGGAUGGAAGUUUAAAGCUGCCUAUAUGGCAGCAACUCUUAAAGAGUAUGAGGACUACUUAUCGAUGUUGGAUUCUGAAGAUCCCCGGAUAAGGACAUGGCUAGAGAAACUAGGUCCUAACACAUGGUCAAAAGUAAUGUCUGGGCCAAAGAGAUAUAAUAUUAUGACAUCCAAUUGUGCUGAAUCUAUGAACAAUGUCAAUGUCUGUGCAAGAGAAUAUUCAGUAUCUAAACUUGUUGACUUCUUGCGUGAAAGGAUGCAGCAAUGGUUCACAGAGAGGAAAGAAAAAGCUGAGAAAACAAGUACUAUACUCACACGGAAGUGUGAGAAACGUCUUUUAGCUUUGCAAGCUGAAGCUACACGCAUGAGG